UUUUAAACUUUAUUCGAAAUCAGUUGUUGUCAAAUUUUUAGCGUAUAAUGUUUCGACAGGCAGUAGUUAUAUUUGUCCUCUUCGGCUGUACCUUGGCCGGUCUAAUUGAGCCUCGAUACAAGCCUGAUGAUUUUGGUGGACGUAUCGUUGGGGGUGAACCAACAACCAUUGAAAAGUUCCCCUACCAAGUGUCCUUGCAAAAAGGUGGAAGUCAUUUCUGUGGAGGAAGCUUAUACUCACCCAAUAUAAUAGUAACUGCAGCCCAUUGCUUACAAAGUGUUAAGCCAAAGGAAAUUAAAGUUCGAUUGGGAUCAGCCAAUUACCAGUCUGGAGGUGAAUAUGUCUCCGUAAGGUCACUCAAAUACCACGAAGGUUAUGACAGCAGCAUCAUGACUAACGAUGUGGCUGUAAUCAGGCUAGACACACCAGUUCGAUACAGCAACAGAAUUCAACCAAUCAAGCUAGCUACUACCAAUCCAAGAACUGGAGCUCCAGCAGUUGUCAGCGGAUGGGGUACUGAAAAAUUCUUAGUUGGAUCAAUUCAGAAAAUUCUUCAACAAGUUCAAGUUGAUAUUGUUUCAAUGGCUGAUUGUUCAUCAACAAAAUAUAAAUAUGGCAGCCAAGUUCGUGAGACAAUGGUGUGUGCUAAUGUUGAAGGAGGUGGCAAGGACGCUUGCCAAGGUGAUUCGGGUGGUCCAUUAGUUUCUGAGGGUAAACUUGUUGGAAUUGUAUCUUGGGGUAAUAUGUGCGCUCGCAAAGACUAUCCAGGGGUAUAUUCUUCAGUUGCUGAUUUGCGUUCGUGGAUAGAAAAGAAUGCUGCUGAAUUGAACGAACAAUAAAAAAAGACAACUUUUCAAUAAAACAAAGUUUAGUGCUUGAUAA